CAUGCGUUCACCUACGGUCAUCCUCGGGUUCUUCCUGCUGCCCGCUGCUGCUGGCCGGGAUCGGCGUUGGAGCCGCGGAUCUAUACAGGCAUGGAGUUCCUGGACUGACAUGCACCACCUCGCCGACCACCUGUCCCGUCUGCCCGGACGAACCGGUGCUGUCCGACCUGUGCGAGUACAGAUUUGUCGCUCGUGUCAGCGCGUUGACUCCAUUCCACAAAGUCGGGGAGCGGUCUCUGUGCGGACGACUGACGGUGAGGUCCGUCCUGGUUGGACCCGAGGAUGUGGUCUCUAGGACGCCCGUGGUGGCCCUCAAGGAAGGAUGCACAUGUGCAGCAGCCCUUUCUCCUUCUACGCACCAGUUCUACGUGCUGGUCAAGGAGGUCCCGAGCGUCGUUGCCACCAAGCUGACGCAAGUGGUCCUGGACGCCAACGUGACCGUGCUGCCUUACACGUUCCAGGAGGCGCAUGUGCUCCACGACCAGCUGAGCAAAUGCAACACGGCGGACAGGCGAAGCGACUACGGCUACGGCGGAGGUAGUGCGUACACCUCCUCCUCGUAUAUGGUCAAGACGAUCAAGUACUACUACCCCGCACCCUCGUACGACUACGCCAUGGCAAGUUACGCGGCACCAAGUUAUGCUGCUCCAAGUUACGCCGCCCCAUCAUAUGCUGCUCCCUCAUAUAGUGCGCCCGCCCCCAGCUACAGUGCCCCUGCCUACUCCGCUCCCAUGUACAGCGCACCAGCGCCGGCCUACAGUGCACCUGCAUAUGCUGCCCCCAGUUACAGCGCUCCAGCCUACUCGGCCCCCAGCUACAGUGCCGCUGCCUAUGCCGCUCCAGCGUAUAGCGCACCAGCUUACAGCGCUCCCUCGUAUUCAGCGCCUAGCUACAGCGCCCCCAUGUACGCGGCUCCCAGUUACAGCGCACCGGCGCCUAGCUACAGUGCCCCUGCAUACGCUGCUCCCAGCUAUAGUGCACCAGCAGCUAGCUACAGCGCUCCUGCUUACUCUGCUCCCAGCUACAGUGCCCCUGCAUACGCCGCUCCCAGCUACAGUGCACCAGCAGCUAGCUACAGCGCUCCUGCGUACUCUGCCCCCGGCUACAGUGCUCCCGCUUACUCUGCACCUAGCUACAGUGCUGGUGCAUACGCUGCUGCCAGUUACAGCGCACCAGCUCCUAGCUACAGUGCCCCUGCCUACUCUGCUCCCAGUUACAGUGUCCCUGCUUACUCUGUUGUGAGUUACUCCGCCCCUAGCUACAGUGCCCCGGCGUACUCCGCUCCCGCUUACUCUAUGCCUAGUUACAGUGCCCCUGCUUACUCCGCUGCCAGUUACAGCGCUCCCGCAUACUCUGCUCCAUCUUACAGUGCUCCAGCACCUAGCUACAGUGCUCCCGCUUACUCUGCACCUAGUUACAGUGCCCCUGCAUACUCCGCCGCCAGUUACAGCGCACCAGCCCCUAGCUAUAGUGCCCCUGCAUACUCUGCUGCCAGUUACAGUGCUCCGGCAGCUAGCUACAGUGCCCCUGCAUACUCCGCUCCCGCUUACAGUGCACCAGCUCCCAGUUACAGCGCACCAGCCGCUAGCUACAGUGCUCCAGCACCUAGCUAUAGUGCCCCUGCAUACUCCGCUCCCGCUUACAGUGCACCAGCUCCCAGUUACAGUGCCCCUGCAUACUCCGCUCCCGCUUACAGUGCACCAGCUCCUAGUUACAGUGCAGCUGCGUACGCCGCUCCCAGUUACAGUGCACCAGCCGCUAGCUACAGUGCUCCAGCACCUAGCUACAGUGCCCCAGCAUACUCCGCUCCCACUUACAGUGCCGCUGCAUACGCCGCUCCCAGUUACAGUGCACCAGCCGCUAGCUACAGUGCUCCAGCACCUAGCUACAGUGCCCCAGCAUACUCCGCUCCCGCUUACAGUGCACCAGCUCCUAGUUACAGUGCCGCUGCAUACGCCGCUCCCAGUUACAGUGCCCCAGCCGCUAGCUACAGUGCUCCAGCACCUAGCUACAGUGCCCCUGCAUACGCAGCUCCCGCUUACAGCGCUCCAGCUCCUAGUUAUAGUGCCCCUGCAUACUCCGCCCCCAGUUACAGCGCACCAGCCCCUAGCUACAGCGCACCUGCCCCUAGCUACAGUGCCCCUGCAUACUCCGCUCCCAGCUACAGCGCCCCAUCUUACGCAGCACCUAGCUAUAGUGCAGCCACUUAUGCCCCUGCUAGUUACAGCGCUGUCUCUUACGCACCAGCCGCUCCUAGCUACAGUGCCGCGACUUACGCCCCCGCAAGCUACAGCGCCCCGUCCUACGCUCCCCCCGCCUACAGUGCUGCCUCGUAUGCCCCGGCAAGUUACAGUGCACCGGCCUACAGCGCACCAGCCUACAGUGCGCCGGCCAGCGCCGACAGCUACGGAGGUGCUGAGGACAGCUACAGCGGUGCCAGCAGCUACCCAGCGUCUUCGGUCAGCUACACGUACGUCACGUACAUGCCUCCCAUGUACUCCGGUGUCAAGGGCUACGAAGGCAAGCAAAAAAAGGGUUCCAGGUACGGUGGCUACGCGGCCACUAUCCGCUACGAUCCCACGUACGAGCCAAACCCCGGCUAUAAAGCCCCGGGCUGGUACGUGCCUCACGUCAAGCAGUACCUGGCCCGCAAGCGUCGCGAGGCCAAGCAGCCCAGUACUGUCGAGUACGAAGUCCCUGCUGACUACACUAGGAAGACGCCGUUCCUUUUCGGCCGCCCUUACUCAGGAAACCCUUAUCGCAGCAGAUUCCCGCUCCUGUCUAAACCUCGUCUUACCUACAACGGAUACGGAGCCUACGACAGCGACAAGAAGAUGAGCUUCGGCCUAGCGGGACGUGCUUACUUCACGGGCGCCGAUCGCGCAAUUUAUCGAAGCUUCGGCGGCUACGGAAGCUUGCCCCCCUUGUACGAGGAGCACAGAGACCACUUUCCUUAAGUUCACCGCGAUGAUGAAUAUCGAAGCUGCGAGUGAACGUUGCAUAAUAAACCGCAGUCACCUGUGUUCCGGUG